UGGCACGGGUCCACGCGCGAGGCAGCAAUGUUCCUUGCGUGAGAUACAAUAGCAAAGGAAUGACGGUUUUCUCGUGAUCGUCUGCCGGACUCCUCUUUUCUCUGUCCCACCACGGGUCCAGGUUCGACGUCGACGAACGGAAAACAACAUCUCGGACUCAAAGAAUGCAUAGAAGGAGCGCCAGGAACAAAUUGUGAGACAGUGAACGAGAUGAGGACAUCCCAGCGGCAUGAUUCCAGGCCUGACGUGAUGGAGUCGGCCCCUGAUCAUCCAGACAACGCAUCUCGUCACAGUCCCGUUGGAAGCGAGGACGUUGCAGUCUCAUCAGAUUCGACAACGUGUGCCACACCGACUGCCAGGCAGAUCACUGGCAAGCCAGCCGCGUCUGAGGAUUUGCGAUCAUCACACCAGCAUGGCUACCAUUAUCCCCAUCACUCUGCCAGUGGGUCACGGCUGUCUUCAGCGAAGACGUCGUCAAGUUCCUUGCAGGCUCUGAAUGAGGAUGUUGUGACGGAUGCCCGCUCUGAUAACAGCAGUAUCAUGCGGAACCCUCUGGUACAAAGAGUGGCUCAGCAGUUUGGACAAUCAGCAGAGCCACUUGCGCCAUCGACACAAUCAGUGAAUACAUCGGGCGACUUCCCUGUGUAUCCUGAUCAAUCAUACGCGGUUUUGCAGUCACAGGUUCAUCCGACGCCGUACCCUUUCCUACGCUCGCGGAGCUCAUACCCAGUACAUAGCGAUAUUUCUGCACGUUAUCCCAAUGGCCGUGGCGCUCGCACCGCUGGAAACACUCCGAUCUCCAGUCCAGGCUUGUUUUCUUCGAGGAGUUCUAGGUCUACCCCGCCUUACGCUUCUGAUGAUGAGGGCCGUCUCGGCAGUCCGUAUCUACAUCCCACUCAUCUUCAACCACCAAAAGAGACACAUACAGUAGAAGUAGAUCGCGACGUCAACACUGGAAACAAGCUCAUCAACGAAUAUGAAAUCCUAGAGGAAUUGGGACGUGGUGAACACGGGAAGGUCAAAUUGGGUCGUCACGUGGUCACAAAACAACAAGUUGCGAUCAAAAUAGUACAGCGAUACUCGAAAAGACGGCGUUUGGGCAAAUUGGGCAAUCCUGAAGAUAAAGUCAAGAAAGAGGUCGCUAUCCUCAAAAAGGCUCGUCAUCCAAACGUAGUCAGUCUGUUGGAGGUCAUCGAUGAUCCCAACCGUCAGAAAGUCUACAUCGUUCUGGAAUAUGUGGAGAACGGGGAGAUCGUUUGGCGAAAGAAAGGGCUGCGGGAGAUUGUGAAUGUCGACAAGCGCAGACUCGAGCGUGAGAAAAGGGGAAUCCCCGAUUCGCCCUCCUUCCUCGAGGAAAGUCUACAAUAUGUCAGGACCGCACAAUUGCAACGUCGACAAAGGGAACGAGCCCGUGCAAGACGUAAUGCCCAAACACUAGCCCUUCAGGAACAAUCGAUUCCUGCUUGGAGCUUGGAGCACGGAGGCGAGUCAGAUGAUGAGGCAGGGCCAGAAAAUCUACCGUCGUCUAGCCGGACGAUGCUCAGCGAGGACCACUCGGUCCAUUCUUCGCCCAGUCAUUCUUAUACGUCUACCUCCGAUCUCGAGCGCCGCAUGCGGGAAGCAAGCUUGGCUGCCAUUGAAGGAAGCAUGUAUGGCCCUUAUGCAUCGGAUCACUAUUACGGACGGCGUUUUAGCACCGCCUCAAGUAAUCUUGGAUACGCAUCUUCAGAGCCAGAUUGGCUUUCCGACGAUGAUGACUUGUCUUAUGUCCCGUGCCUCACCAUGUCUGAGGCGCGUAAUGCUUUCAGAGAUUCCGUGUUAGGACUGGAGUAUCUCCAUUACCAGGGAAUCAUCCACCGCGAUAUCAAACCGGCCAACCUUCUGGUCACGGCCAAUCACCGGGUCAAGAUAUCUGAUUUUGGCGUGUCUUACCUGGGUCGGCCUAUGCGGGACGAUGAGGAGGAACAGGUGACGGAGACUGAUGCUUCUGAGCUUGAUGAUGCUCGAGAAUUAUCCAAGACUGUUGGCACACCGGCUUUCUAUGCACCGGAACUCUGUUAUACUGGCGACGAUUUCGUGAGCGCCAUCGGAAAUGUACCUAAGAUCACUGGAGCCAUUGAUGUGUGGUCCCUCGGUGUGACUCUCUACGGCAUGAUAUUCGGACGGCUUCCAUUCAUGUCUGACGAUGAGUUCAGCAUGUUUCAAACUAUUGUCAAGCAGGAAGUUUUCAUCCCACGGAAACGUCUAAAAGCUGUCGAGGAGGACACAUCGUCUACCAACCCCCACGACCGCAAUCAUAUCAUGAACUGCAACAAGCGCACGGAAGACGAACUUGUUUACGAAGACAUUGACGACGAGCUUUAUGAUCUCUUGAAGCGACUGCUAACAAAGGACCCCACAAAACGAAUUACACUAAAGGAAAUCAAGCAUCAUCCUUGGGUUCUCCGUGGCUUGCAGAAUCCCCGAGCAUGGAUUGAAGAAACAGAUCCCGGAUACCAGAGCAAAGGCAAGAGGAUCGAAGUCUCGACUGAAGAAGUCACGACUGCAGUCAGCAAAGUUCCCUUCAUCCAACGCGUUCGAUCGAAUGUGGCUAAAUGGUCUGGAUAUAUUACUGGAAGGUCCAGAGAAGGGCGGAAACGCGCCACGAGCAAUGCCACAUCAGCCGAUAGCGCGGCUUCGGCCUCAUCGUCUGGUAGCCUUUGGAGAGAUUGGAGCCAGGUACGGCGCCAGAGCCUACGAGGCGACGAGGAGCCAUCCCGUUUGUCAAGAUUCGGUCGCGAGAGUGACCAUCCUCUAUCCCAGAGUGUCACUGCCAGCCCAGAUGGCCAGGAAGAUCAACCCUCGUAUCUCCCGAUUUCCAGAACCAACACGACGGCUUCCGCAGAUCAGACGCCUCGUCCUCCCCCUCCUCAACGAGCGACUUCUAGCUUGUCCAGUACGGAAUCUACAAAAACGGUGAGAGCAUCUGACCCUGAAAGUACCCCUUCAGUGCAGCCUCGAGCGUCUACGCCCUCAUUUACCGAGAGCUUGGGGGCAUCCAGUAUCAGUGGUAUCUUCAGUGGAGCCGGCCGGCGACUUGCCAAAAGCUUCCAAACUGGCGAAUGGCGUCCGGAGCGGUCACGGUCCGCGGACAGAGUGUCUGUGGACGGUGAUGCUCGGUCAGAGCCGAGUCUCGCAUUGAGUGUGGCUUCUGCCAGAGGCGAAGUGCAGGCUACUGAUGUACAACGGGAUGAAGCUAAGAGUCUACGCCAGCCAGCCUCAAGCGGAUCGGUGCAUCGUCGCCACAGGUCUCAUCAGCUUGCGUACGGCUCUUCGGUCGAGUCAUUCCAGCUUGCAGAAGCUCUUCUACGUCAGAAAGUACACGAUACUGAACAUAAUACUAAUGGUGAUUGUCCCGUGUCCAGGCCGGGAAGCGAACUACCCUCAGACGACUUUCGGGUAGAGAACGAUGAAGUUCACCGCAAGAAAUCUGACAGUUCCCAGGAUGAGCAAGCUGAGUGUGGUACCUCCCAGGAUUCCAAUGGUGGCCUUACUACUUCUCCUCCGUCUGCCACCACUAUAUCCUCGUCUGUCGACGAUUACAAUAGUGGUAUCUCUCAGAGUGCUUCUCACCGCAGCAUUCCUUCGGUUCUUUCCCGGGCUUCUUCUCUUUCCGGCGACAUCCCCCCUGUGAAAGAGAAGGAAGCGGAGAAGUCAUGUCAUGUGCCUGCCAUACUUCGUACUGGGGAUACAGUGAAGGCCAUAGACAUGUCGUAUCAGCGUUCCCAUGAAGACGAUGAGUCGAAAUACUAUUGCGACGAUGAAGAGGACGAUUCAGAAGAUGAGGGAAUCGUAUUUGGCAGAAAGACAAACGCGCGUCGCGAUGUCAAAAUAAACAAGUGAUGCGUUAUCGACGUGGUUUCCAGAGUGAAUGUCCAGUCUAGCACUUGCACGUUCUCACAGCAUCUUCGUGUUCCUUCGCCAGACCGGUUACUGGAGGGGAGAAAGAAAGACACUUCUCGCGGGAACCUAUGUCCUGCUACUCUCAACCUGGUCGAUUCUCGCGCGAUUUGCGUCAUAUCUGUCACCGCGGAGAAUCUCCUACUGUUGUCGUCUUACCGUCAACUAGGUCAUUAGCCCGAUGUAUAGUGUGCAUUGCGUUUUGACAUACUUCUGGCUCGCUUUCUUUUGGUCGUUAACCCGAACUGGGUUCUUCACUCUGCGAUCUAGAUUUUUUUUCAAGUGUUCUUGUUCUAUUUCUGGACUUUCGGACAUUUAGAUUUCCUUAUGAUGACGUAUAUUCUGUUUCGCCUGUAUAUAUACUUCCUUGAGAUUCGUCUAUACUUUCUUUCGAUGUCUCGGCGUUGGUUAUCUCUUUAAAGCCUAG